GCAGGAUGGAGUUCUCUGCACCUGUCCGCUGCACUCUGGCUGCUGUGUCGCCUGAUGGCGCGUACCUGGCCACCACCCUCGGCGUCCGACUGACUGUGUUCGGGGUAGCUGCCCAGCAGGAGGUGGCCUCGUUCACCUGCCUGGAUGACCCGCAGCAUCUGGAGUGGUCGCCGGACUCGACGCUGCUGCUGACGGCGGUGUUCUCGCGGCGCGCCGUCCAGCUCUGGAGCGUGGAGGACACCGGCUGGCACGGCCGCAUCGACGAGGCCGACGCCGGGCUGGCGGCGGCGCGCUGGGCGCCCACAUCCCGGCACGUGCUCACCACCGCCGAGCUCAGCCUGCGUGUGACCAUCUGGUCGCUGGUGGACAAGCGGGUCUGUUACAUCAAGUACCUGAAGGACGUGGCAUCGAGCCUGGCGUUUAGCCCGGACGGCGAGUUCCUGGCGGUGGUGGAGCGGCGCGGCUGCAGGGACCACGUCAGCCUGUUCAGUACCAGCGCCUGGGAGCUCGUCAAGGUCAGUUGCGCGGGCCCAUUGGUCUGUCUUUCCGUCGUUAGCUCCUGUGCGGGAAUACUCUGGUUCGUAUGUUGA